GUGAAAUUGAAGAUGUGAGAGUAAGGAAAAGAAAAAGAGAGAAAAGGUGAUGAAGAAGCAUGAAUGGGUGAGGAUGAAUUGAUGCAGUAAGGAUCCGAAAUUGUCUGCGAUAAAAAGAGAGUGAUAAUUUAUUUUUAAACAAAGGAAUAGAAAAGAGGGGUUAAUAAGAAUAGAGUUUGUUUGUUGUGUAGUGUUGUGCUGUGUAGUGUUGCAUGAACGGUUCAACAGGAAAAUCUUGCGGGCCAAAAAGGGUUUCCUCAUUUCUCCUUUUUCCAUUCCCUGCUUUCUACCUCUCUAUCUCUUUCCGCAUUUUCGCAAUUAGGAUGUGUAAUUGAGACAGAAGAAGCAAAAGAAGAAGAAGAAAUUGGAGGGGGUGUGUCAUCGGGUCCUCAGGUGAAGAUCUGAGGCUUUUCGUGUCUCUUUUCUUUUCUCCGAGUUAAAAAGAUGAGCGCUUCUAGGUUCAUCAAGUGCGUCACUGUUGGGGAUGGUGCCGUGGGCAAAACCUGUUUGCUUAUUUCCUACACCAGCAACACUUUCCCCACCGAUUAUGUGCCGACUGUUUUCGACAAUUUCAGUGCAAAUGUGGUUGUCAAUGGUAGCAUUGUGAAUCUGGGUUUGUGGGAUACUGCCGGACAAGAGGACUACAACAGAUUAAGACCUUUGAGUUACCGUGGGGCCGAUGUUUUCAUUCUGGCCUUCUCUCUCAUAAGCAAGGCCAGUUAUGAAAAUGUCUCUAAAAAGUGGAUUCCAGAGUUGAAGCAUUAUGCACCAGGUGUCCCCAUAAUUCUGGUUGGCACAAAGCUUGAUCUUCGGGAUGAUAAGCAGUUCUGCCAAGACCAUCCUGGUGCCGUGCCUAUUACCGCAGUUCAGGGGGAAGAGCUUAGGAAGCUGAUCAAUGCACCAGCUUACAUUGAAUGCAGUUCAAAAACACAGGAGAACGUGAAGGCAGUGUUUGAUGCGGCCAUAAGAGUUGUCCUUCAACCACCUAAGCAGAAGAAAAAGAAGGGUAAAGGACAAAAGGCUUGUUCGAUAUUGUGAUUCACUAGGUGUUAACAUUUGACUGCCCUUUGUUCUACCUACCUACCUGUAUUACCCUCCCCUUCUUUCUUUUUAUCAUUUCUUUGCUAUUAAAGAAGUUGCAGUUUAUGUGGGUGUUCGUGUUCCUCAGACAAAUACUCUAGAUCUCCUUGAAGCAUAAGGUGCUUUAAUGCUUUACUUUCUUUCAAUUAUUGUCAACUCUAAUAGUCAAAUUUGCAUUUCGUGGUUCCCGCCUUUUUCUUAUAACUUCCGUUUUUAUUUAUGUAUUAAUAGACUGGAAUAUCCCAGUUAGGAUAACGACUUUGUUUGUUUCAUAUAUAUUUAAAUUAUAAUAUAUUUUGAUUCAAGGCUUCA